GAUAAGUUUGAUUUGUUCAUAUAUUUUCACUCACUUUUUAUAGCGUUUCUUGUUAAACUCAGGGCAAAUUGAUACAUUUUUCUGCGUUUUCGUUACAUUUUUGUUAAUGUUUGAAAUUAGUGUUGAAGUUUAUGUUUUUUUAGUAAUUUGUGAUUUAUUGAAGUGUUUGGAUUGUUUUUUUGAGGUUUUCUUUUACUUAUUUGUGUUACUUGUAUUUUGUGAUUUAUCAAAUUUUAGAAUUUAUACAUAUUAUAUUUCAAUGUUUUUUUUAUCAAUAAACCAAUGAUGUUAAGAAAACAAAAAAAAAAUGAGAAAUCAAAAAAAAAAUGCAGCAAGGCUGCGUGACAAAAAAAGAAAGGCAAACAAGAAUAAAAAAAUAAAUGGAGUACAAGGAGUCAACAAAAUAAAGGAGAAGGGUGGGGAGUCCUAUCUUUGGCCCAAGAGAGAAGAGAUGGGCAGCUGGUUGUCUACUUAAUAGCCAAAGAAAAAAACAGGGGAAGACACUCCAGAAAAUAAGCUGCAAUCAUUCAGCCACAUAUUAUUUCCCAGCUACAAUUCACAUCCGUAGCAUAGAGCAGGUCGCAAUUCCAGAAGAGGAGCAAAAGAGGUCUUGAAAGAAAAAGCAAAAAAUGUAGAUCCAAGAGGGCAUAUAAAGGAGCUAGCAGAGAAAGAAAUACGCACACAGGAGAAGAAACUCAGCAAUAGUCAAUAGCAAUUUCGGUUUACUCUUUAUCAUCUUUAAAUUUCGAUUCUUAAAGCUUUAUGUUUGACUUCAGUUCUUAAGGCAGCUCUCAUCUUUGAAUUUCGAAUUCCAGUUUAAAUUCUUAUGCAUGGAUUAUGUCACUGUUUUUCAGUAUUUGUGUUAAUUUCUUGAAAAUGAUGUUAGGCUAAAUUUCCAUGGGGUUUGGAUUUGGUUAAAUUAAGGUUAAUGGGUGUUCUUGAGAAAAGUCUCCAAUUGUUAGGACUAAGUGUUUGAGAUGAAAUUGAAAGAGUAAUUUGUGAAUUUGAUCGCUUCACUUGUGAAUUUUUGGAAGGUUAAUUCUAUCUUGUCUAUGACUUUGGAAUUUAUUUAGCUCAAAUCUCACACACCCUAAUUAAGCCUAGAAAUAGGACAUAUUAGGGGAUUAAAAUUAAUUUCUUAUCUAUGAGAAUUAAUAUAUCACUAUCCUUAGAUUGAUGAAAAUUUUCCCUAUUCGUUCAUAAUCAUAGACACCCAAGACCUUGAUUCCAAAUUUAAACCCCACUUUUAAUUAGUUAAUUAAUCGUUACUAGUCACAUUGAAUUGACCUUUUAGUAUUUUAUUUUCGAAACUUUACUCAUCCACAUUUUUGCUAGUUUAAUAUUUUAAUUAGUUAAAUUUCACUCUCAAUUUAUUUUGCAUGUUCACUAGUUUUAGUUUACUCAAUAAUGCCAUUUAAUUAAAUUCGCAGUUAUUACUUUUAUUGUUUAUUUUUAUUUGGUUAAUCAUUAUCACAAUCUAAUCGUUUGAGAAAGCUUACAAUGACUCGUACUAACUGGUGACCGAUAUUGAAACCAAUACUUCCCUCCGCCACUCCUCAGAGACACGAUACUCGGGGAUAAACUUUUCCAUCCGGAAAGGUUAAACUCCGUUUUACUACAAUGCCGCGAAAGCGGUAAUCAAAUGGCGCCGUUGCCGGGGAGUGGCACGGUUGUAAGUUGGUUUUUAUUAUUGGCAUAGGCGAACCCGAGUUAGUGAGACUUUCUCCUUUAUUUUCUGUUUUUUUUUUUGUGUUGUUUUCUCAAGUUUGCAGGAUCAAUUUGUAAAAUCUCUCUCUUUCAAACAUGGCAAGUUGCUAUCAUUUGCUCUCUGCCUGAAAGAACAUUAUUGAGAGGGUUUGAUAAAAAAAAAUCACCAGGAUGAGGGAGAGGCAAACAGUGCUUGAUGCUUUAACCUUGGACUUUUCUGAGGAUGAUAGCAUCAUUAUUCCGCCAAUCGAUGCCACUGAUUUUGAGAUUAAUCCUGAUAUCAUACAAGUGAUAUCAAUUAAUCAAUUUGGCGGUUUGAAACAUGAAGAUCCGAUGGUGCAUAUGUUGUGGUUUAACAGAAUCUGUAACACAUUCCGGAUCAAUGAAGUGUCAAUUGACAUCGUGAAGCUUAUCUUAUUCCCAUUCUCUCUUCGGGAUAAGGCUAUUCAGUGGGUGAAUUCUUUUUCACCAGGUCACUUCACCACCUGGAAUGCUCUUCACCGGGCAUUCAUGCAUGAGUAUUUUCCUCCAUCGGCGGUUGCGCACAUCAGAACAUUAAUUCAAAAUUUUAAGCAAGCCCCGAUGGAAACAAUUAGUGAGGCUUGGGAUCGAUACAAGGUCUUACGGAGAAAGUGUCCUACACAGUUGAUGGAUGCUUAUGACUUGAUGUUCUAUUUCUACUAUGGACUUCAAGUUGUAAGUAAAAAAGAGUUGGACUGUUAUUCAAAGGUGGGUUCUUUUCUCGACAUGACACCAAAAGAGAGUGAAACACUCGUGGAGAAUGUGGUAUCAAAUGCUAAGAACUGGUACUACGAGACAGAAUCUUCUUCCAAGACUACACUUCAAGGCACCGAUCAAAUUUCAGCCCUCACAACAAUAAUUGACAACCUGGCAACUCAAGUGAAGAAUCUCAACUCACGACCAAGUCGGGUCAACAAGCAGAAUCAUGUUGUGGCAGUUCAGGAAGGUUUGGAGACUAGCACGGAGACACCCAUAAUUGAUGAAGAAUUCACAGAUGAGAGAUGGACCUCCACUGAAAAACAAAGCUCAGUGGAACUACAGAAUGAAACUGGAGAGAUCUUUGAGCCAAUUUCAGAGAAGGUGGAAGUGGGGGACAUUUUGUGCAAAAGUAAAGUUGAAAAGGGAGAAAUUCUGACAUUAUGUCUUGCUGAAUUUGAUGAAGCAUCUCACGGAGAGGAGGAAUCCGAAAUGAUCACAGUUGCAUCUUGUGAAAAAUUUAAAAAGAGAACUUCUGAGAAGAUGAAUGAAAUUGAGGAGCUCCUUGAUCUAUUGUUGGAGACUUUGGAUGUGGAAGUUGAUGAAGAAGAUGCACAUGUUGAGGAAGAAACAAGCAUGGAGGAGUCCAUUGACUUUCUUCUUGAUGUGCUUGAAACUAGUACAUGGCUCAAAACAGUCCAGAUUGAAGGGGAUCUGGAGAAUGAGGACGACUUUCCUUAUUUUAUUUUGCCACCUGAAAAUGAGAAAGAUGCACAGGCCUUUGUUCUUGCUUGUGAGUUUUUUAUGAAACAGAGGUGGUACACAAGAAGAGUCCUGAGGGUCAAGCUGUAUGAUCCGAGAGUUGGAAAGUCAAGGAAAAAGUGAAAAAAAAAAUGUCAAGCUAGUGACGUUAAAGAAGCGCUUUUGGGAGGCAACCCAGGUGUUAAAAAAGGAGGUUUAAAAAAAUCUGCAAAAAAAAAAAACAAAAAAAAAAUAAUUAAAAAAAAAACUGCAUUAAAAAAACCAAAAAAAAUAUUUUCUUUUCUUUUCCUUGUUUGUGUGUUAGUUUUAAUUCAUCAUUAUAUUUUGUUUGCUUUAGCUUUUUCAGGUUAAUCACCGGAGUUCCCCAAUUGGAUUAAAUUUUCAUUUGUGCUUGCUCUUUCAAAUCUUCUUCAAUGUUGAGCACAAGGGGAGUACUUCUUACUUUUCUCUAUGAAUUUUUACUCUCCACGUGUGUUUAUUUGCUAUUCUCUAAGUGUGAGGAGGGUUUAGAACAAGGCAAUGGACUGAUCUAGUGUGCAUGACAAGAGGCUCGGGUGAACUAAGUUAAGAUCAGUAAUAAGUUAUGGUGUAAUCUACUUUAACUAUUUUUUAUGAAAGUUUUUUUUAUAACUAAUUUUUUAUUAGCAUUAUACAAAAAAAAACUUUAAAUAUUAGGAGAUAUGCUUGAUUUCUACUUUGAAGUUGUGUGCACAAGUUUUGGUUUUUGAUUUGAAUGGAUGAUUCGGUCUUACUUUCUUUUCAUGGAUAUAUACAAUGCUCCUUGGUUAGCUUAAAAUUAUUAAAUUCUUUGGAUUAGGGAGAAUUCUAUCCUCGAAUGAGGCUCUGCUUUUAGCAUUUGAUAGAAUAUCUCUCCUAGAUUAUUGAUUUGAGAAGUUUCUUCGUUGGGAGUCUCAUCUCCGAGAAGGGGCGCUGCUCUUCUCAUUAUCGUAUUCUGCGAGAGUUGAGUAUAUUUUAUAUAUUUUAUGAGAUAGCCCCACAAAUCAAUGAUUUAGUUUAACCAUAAAAUUCAUACCAACUUCGCUUUGUUUAUAGCUCCCCCAAGAUCAUUCUCCAAAAAAAAAAACAAAAAAAAAAACUGCUAGGGGAGCUAAAACUGUUUUUAGAACUGGAGCUAGUUUGUAUUCCAUGACUAGUUAAGGAUGACUGAGGGUUUCUGAAUGUGAAUGUUGACUUGUGCUCAUAAAUACUUAGUAGCAUAUAUGCUAAUAUUAAAGGUUUUUUUUUUAUUUAGUACGUUGUGUCAUAACAGUUGAGUUAUUAUUGUGCUUUCAUGAAAAUAUAGUUAGGUAGAUUGGAAUCUUAGUCUAUUGAUGGUUGAAUCUAAGCGAUCUUGAGUCCUUGAUUUGUGCACCAUAAACUGUUUGCCUUGAAAAUACGUUUGAGUUGUUUUGUUGCUUGAGGGCAAGCAACGCUUAAGUGUGAGGAGAUUGAUAAGUCUGAUUUGUUCAUAUAUUUUCACUCACUUUUUAUAGCGUUUCUUGUUAAACUCAGGGCAAAUUGAUACAUUUUUCUGCGUUUUCGUUACAUUUUUGUUAAUGUUUGAAAUUAGUGUUGAAGUUUAUGUUUUUUUAGUAAUUUGUGAUUUAUUGAAGUGUUUGGAUUGUUUUUUUGAGGUUUUCUUUUACUUAUUUGUGUUACUUGUAUUUUGUGAUUUAUCAAAUUUUAGAAUUUAUACAUAUUAUAUUUCAAUGUUUUUUUUAUCAAUAAACCAAUGAUGUUAAGAAAACAAAAAAAAAAUGAGAAAUCAAAAAAAAAAAUGCAGCAAGGCUGCGUGACAAAAAAAGAAAGGCAAACAAGAAUAAAAAAAUAAAUGGAGUACAAGGAGUCAACAAAAUAAAGGAGAAGGGUGGGGAGUCCUAUCUUUGGCCCAAGAGAGAAGAGAUGGGCAGCUGGUUGUCUACUUAAUAGCCAAAGAAAAAAACAGGGGAAGACACUCCAGAAAAUAAGCUGCAAUCAUUCAGCCACAUAUUAUUUCCCAGCUACAAUUCACAUCCGUAGCAUAGAGCAGGUCGCAAUUCCAGAAGAGGAGCAAAAGAGGUCUUGAAAGAAAAAGCAAAAAAUGUAGAUCCAAGAGGGCAUAUAAAGGAGCUAGCAGAGAAAGAAAUACGCACACAGGAGAAGAAACUCAGCAAUAGUCAAUAGCAAUUUCGGUUUACUCUUUAUCAUCUUUAAAUUUCGAUUCUUAAAGCUUUAUGUUUGACUUCAGUUCUUAAGGCAGCUCUCAUCUUUGAAUUUCGAAUUCCAGUUUAAAUUCUUAUGCAUGGAUUAUGUCACUGUUUUUCAGUAUUUGUGUUAAUUUCUUGAAAAUGAUGUUAGGCUAAAUUUCCAUGGGGUUUGGAUUUGGUUAAAUUAAGGUUAAUGGGUGUUCUUGAGAAAAGUCUCCAAUUGUUAGGACUAAGUGUUUGAGAUGAAAUUGAAAGAGUAAUUUGUGAAUUUGAUCGCUUCACUUGUGAAUUUUUGGAAGGUUAAUUCUAUCUUGUCUAUGACUUUGGAAUUUAUUUAGCUCAAAUCUCACACACCCUAAUUAAGCCUAGAAAUAGGACAUAUUAGGGGAUUAAAAUUAAUUUCUUAUCUAUGAGAAUUAAUAUAUCACUAUCCUUAGACUGAUGAAAAUUUUCCCUAUUCGUUCAUAAUCAAAGACACCCUAGACCUUGAUUCCAAAUUUAAACCCCACUUUUAAUUAGUUAAUUAAUCGUUACUAGUCACAUUGAAUUGACCUUUUAGUAUUUUAUUUUCGAAACUUUACUCAUCCACAUUUUUGCUAGUUUAAUAUUUUAAUUAGUUAAAUUUCACUCUCAAUUUAUUUUGCAUGUUCACUAGUUUUAGUUUACUCAAUAAUGCCAUUUAAUUAAAUUCGCAGUUAUUACUUUUAUUGUUUAUUUUUAUUUGGUUAAUCAUUAUCACAAUCUAAUCGUUUGAGAAAGCUUACAAUGACUCGUACUAACUGGUGACCGAUAUUGAAACCAAUACUUCCCUCCGCCACUCCUCAGAGACACGAUACUCGGGGAUAAACUUUUCCAUCCGAAAAGGUUAAACUCUGUUUUACUACAAUGCCGCGAAAGCGGUAAUCAGCCAACAACCCUCCGAUGCUUAAGUUAGUAAAUAAUCAUUUGAUAAGUUCAAAUAUAGGGAAGUGAUUAAAAAAAGUGAAGUGAUUAAAAAUGAAAGAGUUUUAGGUGUACCACUUUCAAUUCCAACUCCUAGGAACUUGUUUACCGUCUAUCGAUUCAAGUGGAUAUGCCCCCUGUCCGACGACUUUGAUGAUCUUGUAUGGUCCUUCCCAAUUUGGACUAACUAAUUUGCCACUUGCUUCGUUUCCAAAUGCACUUCUAAGAAUCCACUCGCCUUUCUUGAAUACUUUUGCUCGGACGUUGUUGUUGUAACUUUUGGCCACCGUUUGUUGAUAUGUCUGCAUUCUAAUCUUGGCCCGUUCUCGGAACAUUGUGUCUAAGUCGUGAAUAAGCUCCAUGUUGUUUCUCUCCUCAGUGACAAGUCCAUAUCUCGACGUUGGGAUCUCAACUUCAACCAGAAUGACCGCCUCACAACCAUAGACCAUGGAGAAAUGGGUCUGUCUAGUAGCAUUUUUAGGUGUCAUUCGAUCUGCCCAUAAGAUUAAUGGC